AUGUCAGCACCAAAGUACACUUCAAAGCUAUACUCUUCUAAAGAUAUUGCAGCUCAUACAAAGCUAAAGUUGAGAUCGGAUGUAGGAGCUGCCGCACAAGAACAGAAGGAGAAAGAACAAAGAGAUCGUGAAAUACGUGAACAGAAAGAGAAGGAGUUUAAAGAUCUAUUGCCAAAGAAGAAGCAACAACAACAACAUAAUGUUACAACAACAGAGAAGAGGAAACGUGAUGACAAUCAAGACGAUGACCAAGACAGAGAUGAAGAAGAAGUGGAGGACAAUGUAACAUCUUCAACAUCAACGACGACAACAACUACAACAAGAACAACAAGAACAAAUAAUAGUGUAAAGAAUAUAGAUGCUGAUGAUACUGAUUCAUCAGAGGAUGAUGCAGAUGAUAAUGACAACAGUAGCAAUGAUAGUGAUGACAGUGAUAGUGACGAUGAAGAUGAUGAGGAGGAGCUCAUGCGUGAGUUGGAGAAGUUAAAGAAAGAGAAUGCAGAGAAACAAAAGAAGAAGGAGAUGGCAGCGAUGGAGGAUGAGAAGCGUAUGAGACAGGAACAGUUGCUCUCUGGUAAUCCACUGAUGAACAAUGGUGCCGGAGGUGGUGAUGACUAUUCAAUGAAGAAGAAAUGGUUUGACGACUCAAUCUUUAAGAAUCAAGCAAGGGAUGAACCUGUGACGAAGAAGAGAUUCAUCAAUGAUACAACCAGGAAUGACUUUGCAAGGAAGUUCUUGACGAGAUUCAUAAAGUGA